UGGGGGGCGGUGGUCCAGUGCCCGUACCCCUCCCUUUGAGACUGGUCGGGGCGCUUCGGUUGGGCUCGGGACCUCCCUGGGUCCUGAGGGUCGGGGGCGUCCCCCUGUUUGGGUCCCGUGCUGGACUGGCUCUCUGACUUGGCCCCCCCUUGUGGGUGGAGGGGGCCGGGCCCAACCUUCCUCCAUAUGCCAGCUCAGCAACUCCGUAUACCAGUUGACUAGCAUGUAUAUUAUAUGGUGUUCAUUCACUAAUUAGUUUGAUAGACACGCUAUAGGCUUGUGCUGGGACCACAAAUAAUAGCACAGGUUAUAUUAACAUAUCAACUCACAGGUUCUUACAGGUGUUUAGACACUAAAAAAGAAUCCCACAGCACCACUCGUCAGUAGCACUGCCUUGCUCAUUUUCCCACAUCCUGUCCUGACCUUUUCUGUCCUCUCUCAUCUUGUUCUCUUGGUUAGUUAUUGCACGUCCUCACCGGGUGUCCCUCCCAUCCACAAACAAAUACACGACUUGACUGUUGUAAUGUUACUUGUGUUAAAAUAUCUAGACUGUCUCACUAUUGUUCUGCUGUGGUUAUCACCCCUAGUCCCCUUGUCCACGCUGUCCCUCUGUCUGUCCCCUAAAACCUUUUUCUGUCCGGCUGCAUUUUCAAUAAACAUCAUAAUAAUAAACAAAUUAAAAAAAUAAGUAGACAGAGUAUUUCAAACUCCCCUGUUGCACACCAAAACUGUUCCAGCACAAAGGCAUACAGAUCCACCAUUCUGCAAGGCCAUGCAGCUGAACAGGACAGGUUAUUUCAAAAAAAAAAAAAAAAAGAAGAAAAAAAAGUGGCCCAAUAGAAAGUGACAAAAGAGAGAUAACAUUUGCGCGGCAGGAGAGGAGAGCGUGUGUUUGGGGGGACUGAGGCCAGGAAUCUGCUGAGUCAUUGUGACUGCUCUCAUGAUGUUCGCUUAGGUCAGAGCAGCAACAAGAGACACCCUUUAAUGACCACACACACACGCACGCACACACACACACACACACACACACAGAGGUCUGAAACAGACAAGCACCCUCGGACACAAAGCAUCCCUUGUGGAGAUGUGCACUCUGAGGACUGAUGUCAUCUUUUGCAUUCCUGUGUUGACUUCUUUAUCUCCACCCUUUUGUCUGUUGUUUCCCCUUUUGAGCAACUACAUCUGUGUUUCUGCCAUUGUUAGAUUUUUAUAUUCCUGUCAGUUGUAGUUCAUUUUUUUCCCGUAUGUUGCUACAGGCUGGGUGGGAUAAACUGUAUGCAUGUGUAAGAACGUGUAAGAGCUGAAACAGUUGGUUUUCCCCUGGACUCCUUCCCACAAAUUCUAUCGGUUCCUCUUCUCUCAGUUCACUUGCUAGCGAUUGGCCUGAAGCUAACCAAUAACGCUUCAGCUUGACAAAAGCAUAGGGCACUAUCACUGUAACUGUCAAGAAACAGGAAGUCAGGGAAAUUCUGAGAAAUAUUGCGUGUCACUUUCACUCAUACAACCUGAUAUUGAUGUGCAACGUUUAACCUGUUCAAAUAUCAGUCUUCCAAAGGUACAAUUGGAUUUGGUUUCUAUGUGCCUGACCUGGUCUCUUCAGAAGAACAAGGCUCCUGUGGCAUGACGACGACAAACAAAGGAAAUAAAGCCUUAAAGGUGAAGCGAGAGCCAGGAGAGAAUGGCACCAGCUUGACAGAUGAUGAGCUGGUGACCAUGUCAGUGCGGGAGCUUAACCAGCACCUCCGGGGUCUCACUAAGGAGGAGAUCCUGCAAUUAAAGCAGCGGCGGCGCACCCUGAAGAAUCGGGGCUAUGCCGCCAGCUGUCGAGUAAAGAGAGUUACCCAGAAGGAAGAGCUGGAAAAGCAGAAGGCCCAACUGCAACAGGAAGUGGACAAACUGGCCAAUGAGAAUGCUUCCAUGCGCCUAGAGCUAGACGCUCUCAGGUCCAAGUAUGAGGCCUUACAGACCUUUGCCAGGACUGUGGCAAGGAGCCCCACUGUGGGGGUCGGAGUCAGGGCUGGAGGGGGAGGAGGAGGGGUAGCGUCACCAGUCAUUGGUCCACUCAUACCCGGGAAGGCGGCAACGGCGACGAGUGUCAUUACAAUAGUUAAGUCCAAAACAGAUGCACGGUCUUGAGGGAGGUUUAGAUUGACAAAGGUGUAUCUGGAUGGAAUUCAGCUGCGUCUAAGAAUUUCUUCUCUGCUUGCCACGCCUUCUUCACUUGCACUCAACUCCUGUGUCAAGUCACUGCACUGACCUGACACAGGUCUCGGGUGCAGUCAAGGACUAGAAGGAAGCAGAGGACUUGGCCCUCGGUCAGUGCUUGUUCACAAAGGAUCCGGCAAUUUAAAGUUGAUAAUUGUAAUGAACUGCUGUCGUAAUGAGGACGGUCCAAUGUUCCCAUUUCGUGGCUAAACAAACAUGGAACAUUUCUGUGAUGGAUUUAGAGACAGAAUAGUUUGAUGAUAGAUCAUCUCAUGUGAACCAAUAAUUUCAUUGGCUGCAGAUGAGUCCCAUCUUGCUCCAACCUUUUCAUAUCAGUAUGACAGAGAAUAUAUAUAUAUACAUACAACACAAUUGUGUUACCUGUUACUGUUUUGUACCGUGUUGUCAUUCACAUGAGGUUCAAAAUGUAUUCUCUGUGUGUGAAUUGUUAUAUAUCAGGAAUUCUGUGAAAUUCGUGAUUGUUUUGGUAUUGUUAUGUUUGUUAGUUAUCUUAUUUUCUACAGCUUCUUUACUUAUCACUCAUAUUUGCCCUUCUCUUUUUUUCCACUUCUAAUUAGCUUCUCCGACUGCAUGGGUAGCCAGAUGAUGAAGGAAUUAAAAACAAAGGAAAAUAACAUAACUGUGGGAAAAAAAAUCUUGACAUCUUUGAUAUGAUUCUCUACAAGUAGUGUUUACGUUUGAAAAAUUUGGAAGGGCAAGUGCCUUUUUCUGAUAAUUGAAAUGUUGGGAGAAGUCAAGAGGAAGCGUUGAUCAUAAUAAUAAUUGGGCCAUACCUGUGAUCAGUGGGAUACACUGAUUAGUCUGGACGUCUAUGACAACAUUUAACUCCCCGUUGUUCUAUGAGCUGUGUAGUAGCCACUAAUAAUAAAGCAAAUGAUAAUAAUACCUAGUUAUAAGACUUUGCACUUGUACAUGUGCUGUGCUCUAGCUACUAAUUUAUUUUAAUUAUUUCCACAAUUUGAAAAGUUCUUUCGGAAAUUCUCAAUAUAAAGCUUGCUGAAUGGUAUGGUCUCCUACUCAGAGUAGUUUAACCAAUAAAUUACAUGCAUUCACAUAAAUGGGGAGUCAUUGACAAAACUUUACAAUAAAAGUAAUCUUAUGUGGUGUUCUCUUAAAAAAUAUAACAAAAAAAAAAAAACAGUGUCCAUGUAUGGUAGCGUCUCAAAUUUUAUAAAGACAGUUAGCUUUACAUUGUUUGUAUUUACCUGUGGAAAAAAAUGAGGUAACAAAAUCACUUUGAUAUACAGUAUCUCUCUAUUUUGCAAUUGUACCAAAAGUGGCUUAACUACCGAAUAGCUUUGUUCUUUCUGUAGUGACUAGGCACGUGUAUGUACCGUGAACUAGAGUGUGGUGUGCUGUGCAAGUAUGUGAUGGGGUAAGUAUAACUUUCACUAUAUUUGAUGGGUACAACUUUGAUCCUUGUUUGAUUUCAGGGCGAGUGAUGACACAGCGGGUAACCGUGUUUGUUCUCUCAUUAUCAAGUGUGCCCCAGGACCAUCUGAACGUGUUAGAUCAUUUGCCCAUAAUCUGCAUUUAUGGUUUUUAUAAAGCUCUUUUUUUUUUUUUUUGCAGCUCUAUGUCCCACAUUUCUGAUGAAAGCCUGUGCCGUGGUGCUUGUUAUGUUCUGCACUGAUUCCUGCAGACCAAGUGACCAAUCUCGGUAUGCAAGGUUCACUUACGUUAAAGUAACAGUGAUGUGAAGCCAUUUUUGUUCUACUGUAGGUAUAUUUAAUGUUAAGUUUUAGUUUUUCAUCUCUUUCUUUUAUAAAAGUCAGGGAAGUGACAAAAUGAUGUUAUUGUACAUAAGGUCUUACAGAGUGAAUGAUAAGUCCUCUGCUAUUUAAUAGCUCAUCUAUCAAAGAGUGACUUUCAACAGACUUUCAAACAAAAUGCUUAUUACCGUUCAGGAAGGAAAACCUUGUUUUAAUUGAUUAUUUUAUUGAAAUGGAUAUAAUCUACAGGGAUGAAAAUAUAUGUUUAUGAAGAUGGAUACUGACUUGUUUUGCUGAAACCAUUGUUAAUCUUUUUUGAAGUUUUCAAAAAGUUGAAGUUCAUAAAGCUAGUAGGUUGUGCGCACACAACAGGCAGACGAAACAGCAUCUGAAGAUAAACUGUAGAGGUUUGGGAUUUAAUGGAUUGAUAAUUUCUCCAUAAUCCAAAAGCUAAAAACGUGUGCAGACAAUGACACCUCAGAUAACACAAAUGAAAAAAUGAUGGUAUUAAUUUGCAAACAAAUCAUGUCCAGUAUACCAACACCAUUGUUUUAUGAGGUUGUUAUUUUUUGUUUUUAUGAUAUUGUUUCUCUGUAAAUGUGUGCUUUCCUUUCCUGUUGAGCCACUCAUUGAAUUCCUUCAUUGUUUUUGUGUACUUGGUUCCGUUUUUAAAAAAAGGAAGAAAACAUUUUGCUAAAAUUCUCGGUCAAACACACCUCGGGGAUGAAUACCAUAUGUUGUGAGUGUAACAGUGUCAAGAUGGUGUUUUGUUGUCUUUUAAUAUGCAAACUGUGUAAGGCAUAAGUAGAACUCCUGUCACAGAGAAGCUGUACUGCUAUUGUCGCUUGUGUCAAAUUGUUCAGGUCCAGUAUGAUGUGACAAAGUUGAAGAGUUUAUAUUCACAAUGUUUAGCAAUAUGUGAACUGGGUAUCAAAUGUUUUGGCGAUUUGUUUGUUUAUAUAUGGAUUAUGUGUUGUGACUUGCCUUGCUCCCCCCAGCAUAUUAUUGUAUUUAUUAAUGUGCAUAGACAGGAGAAAUCUAAUAUUUUUCUAGCCAUUUCAGUUUGACAGAUGUCGCUUGUUGUCGUUGUUGUGUUUUUCCUCCUGUGUGAAGCUGUGUGUUUGGUCUUGAAUGUAGUUUAUCCAAACAUUAAGUCAGCAGAAAUCAGUGACCUUUAGCCAUUAUCAAACAGGGUUUCUGUAACACAUUUUAUGAGCUUGACAUGUUUUACUGCUUCCUGCGCAGACGUUUCACCUUCCUAAUGAAAAGACGUUUCAUCACCAGCCCAAGCAGCCACUCCUAAAUCAUAUGUUCGUAAAUAUUUUAUGGCACGGGAAAAGAAAUAGUGGAGACAAAUAUGAUAGAAGUGAACAAAUUUCAUCCUUUACAGAGUGUUACAGAUUGAAUUAACUAGACCCUUGUUAAAAACAUCUUAUGAUUGUAGAGAAAAUGCUUAUCAUUAACCUCUUAUCAUUCUGCCAGGCCAAUUGGUGUGUACUCACUCAGUUAUUUCCCUGUGAGGCAAUCACACAUUCAGACUAAAAGCCCCUUCACCCACCUCCAAAGCUGAUCAAUGAGAGUAAAUGAACCAAACAUUCCUUUGAUCGUUUGUUUGGCGUGUCAAUCAAUAACAAUGUUUGCUUUGCUUCUGCUGGCCCUGCACUGGCAUCGCAUCAUUUGAACAUAUUUUGGCUGUUUUCUUCUUUUUCAUGCCACUGUUGUCUGUUUGCCCUUCAAACAAUAUGUGUCUAAUGGUGAUCAUUCUGUCUGAUUAUACAUUAAAGUUGGGAUAUUUUUGUGUCUGAAAGUAAAUAAUGGUCGAAUUAAAGUUAUAGAGAAGUAGUGAGUUUGUGUGAAUAUGAAGCAGCCUGUUCAGAAAAGGUCCUGUAAUAGGAAAUUCUGUGUUUUAUACUAUUUCUGUAUGGGGUGUAAUAAAUUAUUAUACUGUUCUUUCUAUGGGAAAAUACUGAAAAUGUGACAGUCUUUCUAAGUAUUUAUCUUCCAACUAAAUUAUUGUUGUUGUUUUUUUUUUGUAGCUAAAUUAGUGAUGAUGGCAAGGUACUGGUAACUAUGGAAUUAACUGUUUCAUCAUCGGUCUAAUGUUCUUUUAAUUUAUUGAUGUAUAUACUGUAUGUUUGUCAAUAAACAGUUUACUUUAUUUUGUAUAUCACCAAUAAACAUGGUUUAAAAUAAA